CAUGGGCAUAUCACCUCACACGAAGCACUUUCUCUCCACGGUAAUCGUGCAUCUUGCAUGCACCGCCAUCCUCCAGAUGGCAGCGGAGCUCUGUUUUCCCAUGGAACUCCUGGGCUGGUCUCAAGCUUUCCAACCCAUCCACCGCCUUCUCCUCAUUGGUCUCCUUCCCGCCCUGUACCUGGCCAUGACAAAGCGGCGUCCCCAUACGGCAUACCUCGUAGACUAUGCUUGCUUCAAGGGUAGUCCCACUUGUCGCGUGCCGAUGUCCACCUUCAUUGAGCAUAUGAAUCUGACGCCGUUCGUGGAAGGUCGCAGCAUCCGGUUCAUGACGCGCGUACUCGAGCGCAGUGGCAUCGGCGACGAGUCCAACCUGCCCCCCUCUGUCAGCUACAUCCCUGUUUACCGAAGCUUGGAAGAAGCGCGUGCUGAGGCAGAGCUGGUCGUGUUCUCUGCCAUCGACGACCUGUUCGCCAAGACCGGCGUCACCCCUGACACCGUCGGCAUACUCGUCGUCAACUGCAGUAUCUUCGCCCCGGUGCCGUGCAUCAGCGACAUGAUCGUUGGCAGAUACAAUCUCCGUGAUGACAUCCGCGCUGUAAACCUGUCAGGCAUGGGGUGUAGCGCGGGCGUGACAGCGGUGGCGCUGGCGACCAGACUACUGCAGGCGACGUGGCCUCAGCAUGGUGCGCACUACGCUCUGGUGGUGUCCACGGAAACGCUCACCUCCAACUACUACGUGGGGAAGGAGCGGCCCAUGCAGCUUUCCAACGUCCUAUUCCGCAUCGGUGGCGCCGCUGUGCUCCUCUCGACAUCCAAGGAGAAGGCGCGAUUCCGUCUCACGCACCUCGUGCGAACCAUCACCGGCGCCGCAAGCGAUGCCGCCUACUCGUGCAUCUUCCAAGACGAGGACGCCGAGGGAGAAUUAGGGAUGAACCUGUCCAAGGACCUCCCGACCGUCGCCGCCGACGCGCUGAAGGCCAACAUAACGGCCAUGGGGCCCCUCGUCCUGCCGCUCACCGAGCAGCUGCGUUUUGCAGUGCUUGCGGUAAUGUCUUCCAUAUCGAGGAAGCUGCCGAUCAACGGCAGGCAGGUCUUGAGGCCCUCCGUCCCGGAUUUCCGCAAGGCGUUCGACCACUUCUGCAUCCACACGGGGGGUCCGACGGCGAUCGACGGCGUCCAACGUGUCCUCGGGUUAUCCGACCAACACGUCGAGCCGCCGCGCAUGACCCUUCACCGGUUCGGGAACACGUCAAGCAGUUCGGUGUGGUACGAGCUGGCGUACGUGGAGGCCAAGGGUCGGAUGUCCAAGGCUGAUCGCAUCUGGAUGAUUGGGUUCGGUUCCGGGUUCGAGUGCGUCAGCGCUGCCUGGGAGUGCAUCCGGCCGGCGGAGCAGACUGACAAAGCAUGGGCUGAAUGCAUACGUCGAUACCCCGUCGGUGCGCAUUACCGUGCCCGUCUGGCAGAGACCAUCGAAUGCUAG